AUGAGAUUUGCGAUUGCAUUGAAAGCGAAGAGAUUUGUUCACCGGAGGCUUCUGGAGAGAGGUAAUCCUGGAACUGCUUCUCCUUCGUUCUCUCUUUGCUGCUGGGAACGAGCUUUCUCUGGCGGGAGUUAUGAUUACAGAGAGAAGAUUAGAGGUGGGUUUCUACAGGAUGUUAAGUUAGAGGAUGCAAUUGAUGCAAAGUUGGGAAUUCACAUGUCUGUAUACUUCAAUAUUUUGAUAAACUGUUUCUGCCGCUCCUCUCAGCUCUCUCUUGCUUUAGCUCUUCUUGGGAAGAUGAUGAAACUUGGAUAUGAGCCCAGCAUUGUCACGCUUUCUCGCUUCUCAAUGGUUUCUGUCACGGGAAUAGGAUCUCUGAUGCAGUCUUUGCUUGAUCAAAUGGUGGAAAUGGGAUAUAAACCUGACAUAGUGGCGUUUACAACUCUAAUCCAUGGACUUUUCUCCACAACAAAGCCUCUGAAGCCGUGUCUUUAG